AUGUGUGAAGAGAGCAGCCAGAACAGGAGCCCACCAAUCUUUGUAGAGCUUCAGAAGUUCCGGCGGGAUACAAUCGUUUCCAGUUUAAUUUCUAAAAAUUACCAGCAUGUUCUUGCCUUCAUCUUUGCAAUUCAAGAGAUCAACAGGAAUGACCACCUCUUACCCAAUAUCACACUGGGAUUUGAAAUCUAUGACAAUAUUUUCAAUCCGCUGAGAGCCGUUGGGAACACUCUGCAGUUCCUCUUCACAGGGCAGGGGAAUCCCUUCAAUUACAACUGUGACGGGAAGCAGCAGCUAGUCCUUGCCAUUGGUGGGCUCACCUCCCCAAAUUCCAUGCAGAUGGCCAGUGUCUUCAAUACCUACAAGAUCCCACAGCUGAGUUAUGGAUCUUUUGACCCUGUGCUAAGUGAUCAAACCCGGUUCCCUUUUUUCUUCCGGAUGGUUCCAAGUGAAGACCUUCAAUAUAUCGGGAUUAUUUUUCUGCUGAAGCAUUUCAAGUGGAAUUGGAUUGGUCUGCUCACAUCAGAUGAUGACAGUGGAGAAACAUUUGCUCAAAAUAUGAGACCAAGACUUCUCCAGAGCAAUAUUUGUAUUGCUUUGGCACAAUCCAUUCCAAAAGUAACAAGUCGCACAUCAAAUACACACACUGAAAAAAUGCUGGUGGAAAUAGCUAAUGCUGUCUGGAAGGAAACAAAGAUGAAUGUGGUUCUUGUCUAUGGGGAUAGUCAUUCUAUGGAGGGUUUACGAAUAAUCUUAGAAUCCUACGAAUUUCAUCAUAAGCUUCCAUUGGAGAGAGUGUGGCUCAUAACUGCUCAGUGGGAUUGCACAACUCUUUCUUCAUGGGAUAAAUUCACAGGGAAAUCCUUCAAUGGUUCUUUGUCAUUCACACUUCACAGAAAAGUGGUUCCAGGAUUUCAGGACUUUCUUGAGAACAUAACUCCAUUCCAGUCUAUGAUAUAUUUCAUCCAUCAGUUCUGGUGGUUUGCAUUUUUCUGUUCACUCCCAAAGCAUGGCUUAUAUGUUCCAAAUCAAGACAACUGCACUGGGGAGGAGAAACUGGGGAGCCUCCCUGAAUCUGUGCUUGAAAUGGGCAUGUCUGGGCAGAGCUAUAACAUCUACAAUGCUGUUUAUGCUGUAGCACAUGCUCUCCAUUCUAUGUAUUCAUCGAAAGCUAAACAGAAAGAAAUGGAGAAACACGGGGGAAAGAGUCUUUUGUUGUGGCCUCUUCAUGCUUUUCUGAGCAAUAUCCAUUUCAACAAUAGUGCUGGGGAAGAAAUCUUUUUUGAUGAGGAAGGGAGCCUGCCGUCAGGAUACGAUAUCAUCAACUUGGUCACAUUCCCCAAUGACACCUUCCAGAAAGUCCAAACUGGAAGGAUGGAUCCCCUGGCUCGUGAAGGAGAAAUGUUCACCAUGAAUGCAAGUGCUACUGUAUGGAACCACAAGUUUAAAGAGAUGCAACCCCGUUCCCAGUGUGUCGAGAGCUGCCAUCUUGGAUCCAGCAGGAUUGCCCAGCAGGGAAGACAAAUUUGUUGCUAUGAUUGUGCUCAGUGUCCUGCGGGGAGGAUUUCAACACAGACCGAUGCAGACCAGUGUGAGAUGUGCCCAGAAGAUCAAUGUCCAAAUGAGAAACAGGAUCAAUGCAUCGCCAAAACGAUGACCUAUUUAUCCUAUGGAGAACCGUUGGGAGCAGUUUUGAUUUCUUUUGCUCUUUUGUUUUCCCUGAUCACCUUUGCUGUGAUUGGGAUCUUUGUUCUGCUCUCCAAAACUCCCAUUGUGAAAGCCAAUAACUGGAGCAUUACUUGUACCCUUCUCUCCUCUCUGCUGCUUUGCUUUCUCUGCUCCUUCCUAUUCAUUGGUCAGCCUAGGAAGGUGACCUGUCUCCUCAGACAUACCGUGUUUGGCAUCACCUUUACUGUCGCAAUUUCCUCUGUGUUGGCUAAAACCAUCAGUGUUGUUCUGGCCUUCCUGGCCACCAAGCCAGGAAACAGGAUGAGGAGAUGGAUAGGGAAGAGGCUGGCAGUAUCGGUCAUCAUUCUCUGUUCACUUAUUCAAAUUGGCAUCUGUGCUGUGUGGCUGGCAAACACUCCCCCUUUCCCAGAGUUUGACAUGCACUCUCAGAUCAGUGAGAUCAUUGUGCAAUGCAAUGAAGGCUCAAACACCAUGUUCUACAUCGUCCUGGGCUACAUGGGUUUUCUGGCCAUCAUCAGCUUCACUGUGGCCUUCCUUGCGAGAAAGUUACCAGAUAGCUUUAAUGAAGCCAAGCUGAUCACCUUCAGCAUGCUGGUCUUCUGCACUGUUUGGAUUACUUUUGUCCCAAGCUACCUGAGCACCAAGGGGAAAUACAUGGUGGCUGUGGAGCUCUUCUCCAUCAUGGCCUCUAGUGGUGGACUGUUGAGUUGUAUCUUCCUCCCCAAAUGCUACAUUAUUAUUCUUAGACCUGAUCUGAACACCAGAGAGCAA